AUGCCGGAACUUUCUCAGGAAUCGACCAAUCAGAGUCAAGAGAUCCAGCAGUCUGCGAGUCAGCAAGUUACGGCGGAAAUUUUCGAUUUGACCCUCGCAGAAGAAAAUGUAGUCGACGAGGCUGCAUUAAAUGACCACACAUGGGAGAAAAUAGAGUCGACUACAAUUAUCAAUUGGCUUAAGAGACAGGAUAAAGAAGUUUACGAUCUACCAGAAGCUUUUUUCGCCAAACUCGACAAAAACGGAAUUUUUACCGGAACAGUAAAAUGCAACCGUGAGAAUUGUCCAACAUUUGUGAGCCGCGAGACUAAAAACAAGAAGAAUAUAAAUGUGAAAACAUCUCACUUUUUGCAGCAUCUCAAAGCAGCUCAUAAAAUCGAAAAAGAAAAAGAUUUGCCUGCUGCUUUUUCACGAUUUCGCGCAAGAAAAACACCGACGAUUUCCGAAAAAAAUAAACAGGAAAUACUUGAAAUCGAAUGCUCUAUCUUAAGCGAGUGCAAGCUUCCAAUGAGUUUCUUCCAAAGAGAAGCGAUCAAAAAACGGGACAAAGCGAUGAUGAGAUCAGUUGGAAUUAACGAGGAAGUGAUCGACCAAUAUAUGAGUUCAAGUCCUCAUAUGAUGAAAGAACAAAUGAAAAAAAAUAAUGAAGAAAUGAAGAAGAUAUUCGUAGAGAUUGGUCCUUUUCUCGUUGAAGAUGGAACAAUGCAUCUCGAAAUCGAUCACAAGAGCAUUAAAAAGGGCACACAAGACGAAGAGAAACACGGAUUUGGAAUCGUCGCGAUUCUGAAUUAUGAAGAGAUUCAUGAACGAUACAUGAUGAGUUUCAAAGCAACAGACUAUACCGACACUGCAACGAACGUCAUUUUAUUAGAACAAUGUUUGAAGGAAUAUGGGCUAAUCGACGCCUGGAAAGAGAAAAGAAUAAUCAUCAGUGGCGACUCAAAGAUGGUAGGAACCAUGGAAGCCCAUGCGUGUCUCUGGACGAUAUGCCUCUCACACACUUUGGGAUGCGCCGUUGAUGGGAUACGAGCAAAAUCGCCCAUUUUCGGAGUCGAAAAGAGCAAGUUUGAAGGUCCUGAUAACUUUGUCAAGGAGGCGCGAAAAUCAAGAAAAAUACCUCAUUCUGCUCCUAAAGACUCGCCCAAAUCGAUUUCAAAAUACUUGCAGAACCAAUCAAUUACAGAAGUUGCCCAGUUGGACAAUUUUUUUCUGUCGUUUCCUGAACAAUAUCAAGAUUACGAUCCAGAAGAUGAAAAAUAUCUAGCGGCACUUGAAGCAGCCAAAAAUCAAUUCAAAAGCUUCCCUAAAAUCAAGGAAUCGUAUUUCUCCAUUCGCUUUGGAUCAAUGUUCUCGAAAUAUAAACAUAUUCUCGAGAACUCGCGCUCCCUCAACGGCUUGAAAUUGAAUUUGGACCCGAAAUACAGCUAUCUCUUGGCGAAUAUCGAUCUGCCUGACAUGUCCUUUAUGAAAUCAGUAUUUUUCUUUCUGAAUAAGGCGCACACUCUCCUUCUGGCUUCAGAACAAAGAGAUUCAUCGGUUCUCGAAGUCAUAAUCAGUAUGGAAAAUUUGGUCAUCGACGCCUGCCGAGUGAGAUCAACCCUUCAUUUCGAGCAAGAAUACGUAUUGGACCAAGCGGAGAAAAUCGGGAAAGCGGUUGUGGCGAAAAUUAUAUCUAUGUGCUUCGGAAGUGUUUGGCUCCCAAGUCAUAAUGAUAAAAUUUCUGGCAUUGUCAACUCUCCCUCCGGAGAACCUCAACGAUUCGUAGAAGUUCACAUGGUUGCCGCACUAUUACACUGGCCAUACCGCCAACUCAAACUCCAUCGCAUGAUUCGGGCGCUAAAAGAAAUGGAUGAUGACUGUUUUUUCAAGACGAAUCGAAUUUUGAUCGAAACAAAAUUGAAAGAAUGGCCAGAAAUCGCCAAAAAGAAACUUCGAUUUCUCUCUGAAAAAAUUGAAAAAAAUUCCUCGAUCACUCAGAUGAUGACUGGCGACAAGUCCCAAAAAGGUCAAAGUGCGGACAUCUACGACGACGAUGACAAAACAGUGCCAGUUAAAGGAAAAAUUCCAUUAUCCAAGCUUGACAGUGAGCUGCAGAUCUAUUUCAACUUGUCCACCGACCAAUACGCCGAAUGGAGAAACGCAAAAGUUGCUCCAGAACAUAACCCCGAGUCGUUUUUCUUCAGAACAUUCUGGGAAGACCACAAAAUCCAAAUGCCGACUUUAUCGAAAAUUGCUGGAAAGAUCGGCCGCUUGCCAUCAUCCUCAAACGAAGCUGAGCGAGAGUUCAGUUGCUUGUCGUACCAAAUGGGAACAAUUUUUCAUAAUCAAAAAGCAGCCCAUAUAGAAAAGAAACAACAAACAGCGGAACAUGGUCGCUUCAAAGAGGCCUUGAAAAAAAUCGCUGCGCGAAAAGGACUCAAAACUCAAGCCUUUGGAACAUCUGAAGCAUCAAAAAAAAUAAAAAUCACUCCGCUUACCCAGCCUUUCGUCAUAAAUUGUGGAAAGAAGAACGUCAUAAAAAUAGUUUGA